AUCCCAGAUCCCAGAAAUAAAAGGAGAGGACGAAGCGAGUUGGGCGACGAGGAGUUUGAGAGCAGGCUAACCGAUUCCGAUGAUGGUAAGAGUGGCAACGUAUUUCAUGAUGUCCUUCAGGGCCUUCCUCUUCUGGCAGUCCAUGGAGAAAUUUCAUGUCUGGAUCACCCUCCACCAAGAUGAGAAGGGUUUAGUUGUUUAA